AUGGAUUCGUCCUCAGCUGGCACGAGUGGCCUUGCGGGUGCUCCGCCAACCAGCGGGUUGGCUAGUGCGAAGAAGCGGACGAAAGUAGUGUUUCUCAAUCCAGUUGAGAUCACAAAUUGGGAUCAAAUUAAGGAAAAUUCUAAGCAAAAUGUGAUUGGGGAGAACGAUUUUAUUAAUUAUGAGAAGAUGCUGAAGGAUGAUGAUGCUGCUUCAGUAGCAACAAAUAAUUCUGGUGCUCAAAAGCGUCAAAGUAAGAAACGUGGACGUCCUAAGGGUAGUAGAAAUGGAGCUCGAAAACGUCCAAUUGAUCCAAGUCAACCGUGGUUGGAGUCAAGUGAUUCAGAUAACCCAAAUAUCGGUCUUGAGGAUGAACUAGACGAUGAUGAAUACUUCCGGAGGUUAGAAGAAGAAAAGAUGCGCGAAGAUGCUGAAGAAGAAUCAAGAAAAAAAAGGGAAAUGGAAGCAAAGGCUGCUGCACGUGGUCGGGGUAGAAGGGGAAGUGUAAAAGGUGAUGUAUUUAUGAACCACCAAUACCAAAUUCUUCCUGGAAAUUCAGACAGUUGUCAUUCCAGUACCCAACGUGAACUCAGCGGUCGGAACAAAAGGCAAGGAAGUUAUGCUGCUCUAGCAGGAUUCACUGAACCUAGUGACAGUGAAGAUUUCAGUGAACUCGAUGAUAAAGCUUCAGCUCGAAGUGGAUUUCUAGUAGAAUAUGAUUGUCAGAAAUCUUUAGACGAUAUUCACGAACAAAAUGAAGAGGAAUAUCAACAACCAGCAUCACCUUUUCGUCAGUCCGUCUUAGAUAUGCUGCCAUCUCCUCCAUCCCCAAGCGUCCCUCUCAACACUGAUGAAGUGAAGUCUGGUCUUAAGUGUGAACAUAUGAAUGCCCCUGCUAGUACCGAUUUAAAUACUAAUAAUGUGCGCAUGACAGUUACUAGUAACUCUUUCAAUGAUCCCCAUACGCUGAAAAUGCUCGAAAUGGAUCCUAUCGAGCUUAGGUUUCGUGCUCCACCCCUCAUUCUUCCUUCAUCAGCAAAUGAUCUUGUAUGUUCUCGUGAAUAUUUUCUUGAUGCCUUAUCCAUUUAUGAAGUACUUCGACGCUACGGUUCUUUGCUGAGGUUAUCUCCAUUCAGGUUAGAAGACUUUUUGGCUUCUCUUAUAUCAGACGAGAACUCUAAUCUACUUGCAGAGGCUCAUAUAGUUCUUCUUAAAGCUCUUUUACGUGAAGAUGAAGCUAAUGGAACUUCGAUGUGCCCCGUGGAUUGUAAAGAUUCAGUAAAUAUGACCUUCUAUCUAUUAGAUAGAUUCAAUUGGCCCUAUUUAUUAGCCAGUUAUCUGUCCAGCGUUAAGUCUGGUGAAGCUGCUGCCCGUGUCUCCGCCAUCAAUACAACGACAGCUAACGGCUCAAUUGGUGGUCCUACUGGAUCAGGUGGAGCAGACAUAGUACUUACUGCGGCACUCUUCCCAUCUGAUCUCAUUCCUUUGGAUCCAGACUAUCCCUUUGUCCCAAUGCAGUCACGCAUAGCUGUUCUACGUGGUCUCACCAACUUAUUUCUGGCAACUGGUUCAGUUAGGGGGGAUAUACUACGUGAAGGAUUAAUGGCGCAUGAAGAUUAUUGCCGUGUUUGCCACCAAAGCGGGGAAGUAUUGUGUUGCGAUGGUUGCACUGCCGUAUUCCACCUCCAUUGCUUAAAUCCUCCUCUGUCAUCUAUACCCACGACUAGCUGGAUUUGUCCAGUUUGCAUUAAAAAGAGAACACCAGGUGUGACAGAUUGCUUAUCUGAAGCAGAAAAAAACGGAGUAGCUCAUUAUCAAGAACCAAUAGGAAAAGAUCGAGCUGGUCGUUUGUAUUGGUACAUAAGUCGGCGGUUAAUUAUUGAGCCAGUUGACUUUACUCAGCGUGAACCAGAACUAAUGGGAUUUCAUGAUGGUGUUGUCGAUAAGUUAUGGGAGUCGGAAUAUGGUCAUGAGUUGGCUGAAAAUGAUCCAGAAGUAAAAGAUGGUAAUGAUGAAGAUGACGAUGAUGUUGAUGACAGUAUCACUAACCGUAAUGAUAACGAUAUCAAUUCCUCUUCUAAAGUAUCUGGUUCUGAUAAUCUAUCCGUCUCGGUAAAAAGAAGCCUUAAGAGGAAAAAUAAAAAAUAUCAAUGUGAUCCAUCAAUUUCGUACGCUAAUGAACCUCGUGUUUAUUAUUAUUCAUCGAUUGAACAAGUGAUGCGUAUUCGUGAAUCACUUUCUACGGACUGGGAACCAUGGCUGUGUCAUCGGUUGGAUGCUUUAUUGCCAAAAAUGCGUAAUGAAAUGGCGAUUACACAAAAGCUAACUGAAAAUGGGUUACAACAAUUCUGUCGUUCAAGGCCAAAUCAUAAAUCGAUUUCUGUUAAUGACCCUGUUCAAAGUUAUAACACCAUGCCUGUUACGAAUACAGUAUAUGUUUAUUCCGUAUUAGAAGUUGAACAAGCCUCUUGUGAAAAGUCGACUUUAUUAAAACAUGACAACGAAAUAUGUGAUUAUCCGAAGAAGAAAUUAGCUAUUGCAGCUUGUAGCCUACCAUCGAUGGAUGCACCUGUCUUCCCAACUUUACCAAAUGAAUUGCCAUCAGUUAUGGAAAAAUGUUCUGAAGACUUUCCAACAAUCCUCCUUGUUACAGAUCAGAAUAAUUGUGUUAUACGUAAUCAUGAUGGUGUUGUUAAUUGUACAACAAGGGAUAAUUCUAACGAUGUAGCAACCUAUCCACCAACGAUACUAGAGCCUCACGAACUAUCCACCUUACAUAUGACUGUAGAUUCGAGUCCAUCGAAUUCUAGUGAAGGUUUACUGGCAUAUCGCCUUUCAGAUGAAGGCAGUUGGCGAUCGUGGACUAAUUUGUACACAUCCGGAGUUUGGAUUGGACAGGAGUCUAUCACUGAUGAGAAAUUGGAAGAUGGUUUGAAUGAACUUAAGCGAACACCAAGUGGUACACGAAAUUCUAACCCACAGAAUACUACUGGUGAAGUGGAUGGAGAUGAAAUCACAUCAGAAAGUGUGAAUGUUGCUCUAACACGUGCACAGCAUAUGGAAGAGAAGGAGAAACGACGUUUACUGACUAAUAAAUUUAAUUUUAGCGAGUUGAGUUCAGAUUUAUGGCAGUAUAUUGAUCCCGCGUCAUUAGCAUCUACCUACAAAGGAAUUUUACGUUUUAUGGAUAAUAAAAUUGAAUUGUCUAAAUUUCCUGCUUUUGAACGAAUUCGAUUCGAUUGUUGGCCAGCUAGUCCAUAUCAGCUACUGGAUUUGCUACGUCUAACACUUUGCUAUAUGGAAUCAAAGAUCCCUCUCGCAUUCUUAACACCUGCCUGGCGCACUCAUCGUGCAGAUUGGAUCAAAGAUGUUCUAGAUUCUAAGUCACCUUCUGAAUUAGCAUUUGUAUUGGCCAGAUUGGAAGCAUCGAUUCGUUCUGUGUGUUUUCAGCGCGUAUGGUUCAGUUCACUCGGUCACUUAAAUUUGGAACGUAUGACGGCUGCUCAAAGGGAAGAGGAUAAACGUUUGAGACAGUUUGAUCGUUUCAGUUCAACUGCCAGCGGUACUGCGAAUUCGGCUAAUUUACCUACAACUCUUAUACGUACUAAAACUCCUCACCCUAUCAGGCAUACCGUUUGGAAAACUCGAGGGGAAGAAUAUCGCCGCUUAGGAGGCGAUGGUUGGAUUUGGCUGAGUUCUACACGUAGUAAUGCAAGUCAAAUGGCUCAACAUGCGUUGCUCAUCCGUCCUCCAGUAUCCUCUUGGCGUCAGUCUGAUGUAGUUGAAUUGCCAUGUGGUAUUACAAGUCGCUCAACAGUUCAUCAUCCUGCUGAUUGUCGCGGUCUUCAACACGGUAUUGGUUGGGGUGUUUGUCCAGAGUACUUGCAGGGUCAAACAGCUGUUAAACCACCUAAGGCAAGUGAAUGUCGUGGUCAUGUUUUGCAUCCGAUUACAGGUAUACCUCUGUAUUUAAAUCCUAAACGGACUCCGUAUACUAUACCACCUAACGUGUUACGUAAUCUAAACGCACAAAUAUCAGAAUCUUGUACCGACUAUCAAACGAAUUCAUCACAGACGCAUGAUAAGAAAGAAAAUGUAAUCACGAGUACGAGUGUCGCAAUUAAAAAUGAGGAAAGUAUAAAUAAUGUCACUACUAUUGAGAAAAAGGAAGGUGAUCAGUUGGAUUCAACCAAAGGUGCUGAAUCAAAAAAGGUAGAAGUGAAAGUAGAACAAAAAGAGUUACUUCUUGGUCAGGUAACUUCCAACAAAAGCAAUAACAAUAAGAAUAAGCUGGAAGAAGAUGCGAAUCCUGUACUGAAUGUUUCUUACUGUAUCUCGAAUCGAAUUCAUUUUCCACCUGCCGUUCAUCAACCCCAGACUACGUAUUCUCAUACGUCGUCAUCGAGGCGACUUCAUUUUCGCCUAGAUAGCUUAUUAAAGCAUCGAUAUAUAGCUGCGGAAAAUGAUAAAAAAGCUGGGUUGGCUGCAUCAAAUGCUGUGAAUAAACUGGUAAAAGAAAUUGAAGAAUUAGAAAAGCGCCAUAGUGAAAUUAUGGAACGUCUCACAAAUUUGGGCAAUGAAGCACAACAAGCUCGCACAGCUAAAGCACAAGCUGUGAAAGCUAAACAGAAUGCUUUAUUGGCCAAACCGUUGCCUGUGGAACAUGCUAGAAAUCCUCAUAUGAAUCAGUCCAGUGAACAUGGGAAUACUGCUGUUGGUAGACAGUUGAUUCAGCAGUCGGUUCUGACAGAUCAAGGUGUUUGUUACAGAGUGCUUGCGCCUAGAAAUGUUCCUAAUAUGCAGAUAAAUCAAUUCGCAUAUAAUCCAGCACGUAGAACAACAAAUAUACCUAGUCGCUCAUCAAAUAGUCAUCCUUCCAGAAGGCCUCGUGCAAGGCGUGGUAGUGAUUUUAGCAAUUCUGAUUCUGAUUCUGAUUCAUUUCCUGCGAGUGCUCGACGCAUGGAUACUUCAAAUAAAGAAAGCUUACCGGUUAGACGUAGCGCUCGAAGAGUAAGGACUGUACGCCAUGAUCCUGAUUUUGUGGUUGACUUUGACGAAGAUGACGAAGACGAUGACCGAAACAAAGCGGAUGAUUCUGAUGGUUUCGAUCCAAGUGAUGAGACUCGAGGAAGACACGGUGGACAGAAACGUUCUCAGGUAUCGGUUCACCUUAACGCUAGAACAUCAGGCCGAGGCAUACCACAGUAUGAUGGGGUUGGAGAUACAAGUGAUGAAGAUAUUGGCUAUGAUGAUGACGAUGAUGAUGAUUAUGAUAAUGAAUAUGACGAAUUAGAGGAAGAUGAGAUUGUAGAAGAAGAUUAUGACGAUGAAGUUGUAGAAGAUUACGGUGAUGAAAUUGUAGAAGAUGAGGAGAUUGAAGAAGAAGAGGAUGAACAGGAAGAGGAAGAUGAAAUCGAAGAGGAUGAAUGCUUUCCAGUUACAUCUGGCAAACGUAUACGUUUGGCACCGCAAGUUAUGGAAAAAAUGUCCAAGGUUUCCGUACAUCAUUCUGGCCAAUCACCGAAUCCCAGCACUGUUUGUACAACCCGAAGGUGGUUAUCUUGA